AAAAAGGAAGGAAGGGUAGGUAUGACUGGUUUAGAAGUGAUAGAAUGUUCGACAGUUGAUAGUAUUAUAUAUCUCGAUAUAAUAGACAUUUCUUUAGGUGAUCGAUCCAUAGACACUUCUACUUGUGAUGAUGAUAAUAAACUUGCUCUACUUGAAUUAACACUUUCAUUAUAUCCAUGA